AUGGUACACACACCAAACAAUUGGCCCCUAGUCCCCGGCAGUCCUGCUCUUCCUAGUCACGGUAGCAGCUUUGGAAACAGGGCAUGGGGUGCGAAGAAUCCCAGGGGGAGACCCGGCUACCAUCAACGACGACGACUGUACCCGGCAACCUACAACACGCGCACAUUGAGGACCGACGCAAAGCUCACAGAAUUGGAAGAAGUUAUUUGUUUAUGCUCCGACCUCGACACACCCAGAUGCCCAGAUGACGAAGUGGAGGCUAUAUAUGAGGAUAUCUUAAAGGCCAUACAUAGCUACAAAACCCACUACACGGAUGUGAUGGGGGACUUCAAUGCAAAGUUGGGAAAGCGUUGCGGUGAUGAGCUGAGAGUGGGGCAAUUUGGAGUUGGACAACGGAACGCCAGAGGCCGGAUGUUGGUUGAUUUCAUGGAAAAGGAGAACCUCUAUAUAAUUAACACCUUUCUCAGGAAAUCUCCAACUCGAAAAUGGUCCUGGAUGAGUCCGGACGGAAGUGAUCACCGGUUGAUACGAGACACAUUGAAUAUCAAUAUCCGGCUGGAAAGAACUCGACUGAUAGAGUUUACGCUCCGACCAAUACCUGCACAACUCCAAAACCCCGAGAGCUUUCAGCUCGAACUUCAAAACUGCUUCGAAGCCCUCGAAAACUGCAUAAAUGUGGACGAUCUAAACAACAUGGUGGUGGAUACCGUCCGUACGGUUGGGUCCAAGUUCUUCAAAACCCAUCGUACCAGAAUAAAGAAACUCUCCGACAAAACACUCCAACUCAUGGAACAUAGAAAUGAAAUGCAAUGGCGAUGCAGCAAUGGGCGCCGUAUAGCUGAAUGA